AAGGAAUCUGGUGAAAGCUGAGUGGAAGCCAGGACAGGGCAUCGCAGAGCUGCAGUCCCCUGCGGGGAAGUUCUGGCACACCAUGGGGUUCAGCGAGCGUGGCAAGCAGUGCCUGCUGCCCGAGGAAGCUCUGUACCUGGUGGAGUGUGGCUCUGUCCAGCUCUUCUACAGGGAUUUGCCCUUGUCAGUCCAGGAAGCCUACGAGAUCCUGCUGUCCCAGGAGGCACUGAGCCUGCCACAUUACCAGGUGUUCAGCCACUUGAAGCAACUGGGUUAUGUUGUACUGAGAUUCGACCCCAGCACUGUCCUGUCUCCCUAUGAGAGGCAACUGAACCUGGAAGGUCACUGCCAGAGCUCUGGGAAACACCACCGCAAGAGGAGGAGGAGCUCCAGCCCCCGGUCGCAUGAGAAGAAACAUAAGGUGUCUGAGGACCUUCCAGAAGCUGAAGGCACCACCAAAAAAACUGGAGAUGACUGUAGAGACUCCAGCUGCCUUCCCAUGGAUGAAGAGCCCUUGUCAGAGCAGCCAAAGGAAUCAGAUGCUGGCAGUGGAAAGGGGGAGUCAAACCCCAUGCUUUCUGAUACAGGGCGAAAGGACUCCCUGAGCCCCCCAAGGAGCCAGGCUGGAGACCACCAGAAGAGCAGCACCAGCACCCGUGCACCCUGCUGGGAUUUUACCACUAUCAUCUUGCCAAACGUAGCCCCAGACCAGCCAUGCACACAUCUGCCCUCACCUGACAACAGGCUCCUGCCAGAGAAUGUGCCAGGGAGGGAGGUUGAUGCUGCUUGCUGGUGCACACGCAUCAAUCAGAAGCAGGAGAAGCUGUCACGGAAGGAAAGGGAGCAGCGAGAGAGGGAGAGCAGGUACAAGAGCAGCGUCAAUGCUGACCAGGAGGUGAGGCGCUGCUCCAACUGGCAGGAGUACAAAGCCCUUCUGGAGCAGAGGAGCCAGCAGAGCACUUGGAGACGGCCGCCGCAUCUCUGGGACCAAGCUGUCAGGCCCCUUCUGCAGCCAGAUGAAGCCACCUCAUCAGCUGCGCUCCUCCAGCAGAUCGCCGUGCUGCAGCCCUCCCACAUCCUGGACGGAGCCGACCGGCUGCAGGAGGACCCAGAGGCCAUGAAGAUAGACUUCAAUGUGUACCCAGCAGAUGCUGUAGCCAAAUUUAAGAAGACAAACCCUGGGAAGCCCUGUGUCAGGAUGUGUGUGCGGAGCUUUGGCGAGCAGAUUCCCUCCCUUCGGGCUCUGAAGCAGGUCACGUAUCGCAGCGGGGACGUGCCCGUGGUCUUUGCGCUGGUGGAUCAUGGAGACAUUGCCUUUUAUUCACUAAAGGAAUUCAAGCUGCCAGUUGAUGUUAAUCACUGA